UGCGACGCUCGAAGCUCUCGACUGACAUUCGCUAGCCCUCGCAGCCGACGACACAACCCGACCAUGGCGCUGUCGUGCAAGAAUCGCAUGGACAGCGUCCACCAGUGAAGAAGCAGAAGAUCCGCAACGCCCCCAAAGCUCCGAACGUGAUCAGGCUUGCCGCUUCUCCCGACUCCCAGCACAUUGUCGCGGUGACCGACGACAAAUGCAUCCGCGUUUUCGACUGUCGGCAAGCCAGGCUCGAAGAGCUCAGCCAAAGAUGCAUGCCGAAGCGACCUUGUGCGGUCCAAGUCAUGCCUGAUAAUGCCACCAUCCUGGUCGGCGACAAGUUCGGCGAUGUCUACUCUUUGCCACUGAUCCCAGCUACGAUGGGGGACCAUGAAGAAGCCGACGCGACUCCGGCGGAUUCCACGCCUCAACCAACGCAUGCCUUCAGAGUGGCAGCGAGUGAGCUGACCGUCCACAGCAAGCGCAACAGAAUGGCCUUGGAGGCGCAGAUGAAGCAGAAGAAUUUCACGGCUCGGAAAGACCCACUUCAAUUUGACCACAAACUCUUGCUCGGCCACGUCUCCAUGCUGACUGACAUGAGAUAUGUCCUGAAGGAGGUGGAAGGUCAGCACCGAGGCUACAUCCUCACAGCAGAUCGAGACGAACACAUUCGUGUUUCGAGGGCACCGCCACACGCCCAUAUCAUCGAAGGCUUUUGUCUGGGUCACGCCCAAUUCGUAAGCAAGAUCUGCCAGGUCGGCAGCAGCGACUUGCUUGUGAGCGGUGGUGGGGACGAUUGGAUUGGAGUCUGGAAGUGGUCGCACUUCAAGCUCCUCAAGAAGAUUUAUCUCAAGGACCUAGUCAAAAGCGUUGCCCAUCAACAUCCAAUCAGCGAUGAUUAUAAGCUAGCCAUUUCUGGCAUAUGGAGCGCGCCAAUUCAAUCUACUGCGAAUGAACAUGUCCUAGUCAUCGCCGUCGAAAAAGUCAAGGCGCUGUUCCUGAUAUUGUCGUCUGCCCUAGCAGCGAAUCCGGACCAUGGGGCUCAGGACGCAUCGGCGAUGGUCGCGAAGCAACUCCCAGGAGUGCCACUCGACGUCACAGCAUUCAGAGGCGAGCUGUUGGUAUCUCUAGACAACAGGGGUGACGACGACAAGCGACUUGGCAUCGUAGGAGUCACUAUCGGCCCCGAGCACGGCAUCGAAGCCACCGAAUGGGUAGAUGUGGGCACCAAAGAAACUGGCUCAAUCUUGACUGCGCUGAACGAGUAUCAAACCCGAGACGAAGUCACUGACAAGGAGCUGGACGACCUGUUCUACGGCGUCGUAAGUCUUCGCAAACGUGGCCCUCAAGGCCCAGGCGAUACGGAUGAGGUUGCUGUGGAAGAAGACUGA